AUGAAUGAAGAAAUGCAGUCAGAGAAGAAGGAGACGAUAACGGGGUCGCGAGCUGGCGAAGACUCCUGUCAUCCUUGUACGGCUGACUUCUCAAGGGAGAUGACACCCAAGAACGACCCUAUCGACAACGAACCAUUCAAGACUGACCCCGAGCAAGCCCAACACCCGACAGGCACAGAGGUUGAACCUCCCCCAGAUGGUGGCUAUGGCUGGGUCUGUGUGCUGUGCGUCUUUUUAGUUAAUGCCCAUACUUGGGGAAUCAAUAGUUCAUACGGCGUAUUUCUGGCUCAUUAUCUGUCUGACAACACGUUCCCAGGUGCAUCCGACCUAGACUUUGCCUUUAUCGGAGGCCUUUCCCUCAGUAUGGCUCAAUUUACCGCUCCAGCCGCAACGAUCACGACUCGAGAAUGGGGGACAAAGACCACUUUGGCUAUAGGAAUUGUCCUUCAGAGCGCAGCACUGUUGGGAGCGUCAUGGUCGACCGAAAUUUGGCAAUUGUUUCUCAGUCAGGGCGUAUGCUUUGGCUUCGGGAUGGGAAUGCAAUUCAGUGCCACGGUCGGUAUCAUUCCUCAGUGGUUCACCCGCCGACGCUCUCUUGCAAACGGUGUUGCCACCGCAGGAUCAGGGAUUGGAGGUCUGAUAUACUCGUUGGCAACAGACGCACUCAUUCAAAGAUGGGGAACUGGCUGGGCUUUCCGAGUUUUGGCUAUAGUAUCAGCUGUUGCGUCUGGCUUCUGUGCCAUCAUUAUAAGGGAUCGGAACAAGGCAAUUGGAGCUAUUCAAAUUGCCUUCCAUUUCGAGCUUCUAAAGAGACCAGAGUUCUUGCUCACUUUAGCCUGGGGUUGUUUCAGUGUGCUGGGCUAUGCGCUUCUCCUUUUCUCAUUGCCCAGCUACGCAGAUACCGUAGGGUUAACCGCAUCUCAAGGGUCGAUUCUAGGUGCCAUGUUCAACCUUGGAGGAGGCCUUGGGCGACCCGUCAUAGGGUAUGUCAGUGACAGUUUUGGGCGAAUCAACACUGCACUCGUUUCUACCUUCCUGGCUGGGUUGUUUUCUUUGGUAAUCUGGAUCUUUGCCAAAAGUUUCGGUGUCCUCAUCUUCUAUGGUCUGAUUGGCGGCGCCGUUUCCGCAACGUACACGACAACCGUUGCUCCGGUGGGCGCUGAGGUGGUGGGAUUACAACUCUUACCAUCUGCCUUGUCUGUAUUCUGGCUUUCGGUGGUCAUACCGAGCACAUUUGCUGAACCGAUUGCCCUCUGGUUACGGAUCGACAACGGAACCAAUUUUCUACACGCUCAGAUAUUUACGGGCUGCAUGUAUAUGGCAGCGACUGUUUCCAUCUGGCUUGUGCGAGCAUGGAAGAUAUCAGAGUUGCAAAAGACUGGCGCUGAUGGUGAUCCUGUCAAACGGAACGCCGGGGUUAGGCACAACGUUGCCGUCAUGGCAACGAGCGAGGGUGAGAGCAAGACAAUCGCUGUGAAGACAUUGUUCUCGCUGGCAAGGCUGAUAGCCCACCACGUCCUUGAUCGUAUCAUCACCAAUCUGAUCAAUGUGAGCACGUUAUCAUCGAUCACGACAUCAUCAGGCACGGUCGGCUUGCAUAUCCGCAACAUCAACAUGGCUCAACAACAAGAAUCCAGGACCACGCAACGGCCGCCUUUGGAUCUGUCGCAUCACUUUUCGCAGACCACCAAGAACCGACAGAGUAGCAAUGUGAAGGGACUAUACAAAUGGUUUCAGAUUCCGGGGCUCCAGAACGUGGCCGGUGGCCUGCCCCACCAAUCAUACUUUCCCUAUGAUACCCUUGAAGCAGCAGCAGCGCAUCCGUCUCGAUUCAACGAACCAAAGUCUUCAAAGGGAAAGAGCAGUAAGCCAGCAGAAUGGCAUGUCACCGUGCCCAAAAUUCAAGAUACGACCGACAUCCUCCAAAAGAUUGAUCUAUCAACUGCCCUGCAAUAUGGAACCGCUGAAGGUUAUCCACCACUGGCAGCCUUUAUUCGCAAGUUCGCUCGUGAUCAUCUUCAUCCGAAUGUGCCGUACGCCGGAGGACCGGAGGUUGUAAUGACAUGCGGCGCGACGGAUGGACUCGGCAAGGCCGUUGAGGCUUUGACGAAUUCCUGGAAUAAGACCAAGGAUUGGAUUCGGGACAAGGAGGGUGUUCUUUUCGAAGAGUUUGCCUAUAUGAAUGCUGUGCAGACAGUCGAGCCUCGUGGUCUGAAUAUCGUCACUGUUCGCGUUGACGCCGAUGGAAUGAGAGCUUCGGGACCAGGCGGUUUGGCCGAUGUGCUUGAGAAUUGGGACUAUUCCAAGGGAAAGCGGCCGCAUUUGAUGUAUACUGUGACUCUCGGCCAAAACCCUACUGGUAGUACAACGUCCAUCGAGCGCCGCAAGGAGAUCUACAGCUUGUGCCAGAAAUACGACGUCAUCAUUAUUGAGGACGAACCGUACUGGAACCUCCAAUUCCCAUCUUCGCGGAAGCAUGCCGCCGAGUAUCGCGGAGAAGCUGCAGUACAGGCGGAUUUGUUUAAUCGCAACUACAACGCGCACGGCCGAUCUUCUGGUUAUGAAUUUCUGGACAGCCUUGUGCCAUCAUUUUUAUCAGUCGAUGUUGAUGGCCGUGUUGUGCGUUUAGAUACAUUCUCCAAGACAAUCGCUCCCGGCUGUCGUCUCGGCUGGAUUACCGCGCAGCCAGCUAUCGUUGAGCGUAUUACGCGCAUCACCGAGGUCUCGACUCAGCAACCCUCAGGCUUCGUCCAGGUCAUGGUUGCACAACUACUUCUUCAACAGCAAGGCUCACCCGCCACAGCACGCAAAUCAGCCGAUAAAGAAGGUCUUGGCUGGACGCUGGACGGAUGGGUGCAAUGGCUCUCUGGCCUGCGAGACGUUUACGAGCGCCGCGUGCACGACAUGUGCAGCGCUCUCGAAGAAGGUCGCACGGUCGCUAUCGACAAACCUGCCGCGAACAGACGCUCCAGCGGCCUCGAUAGCUGGUCCGUCAUCAACAAAGUACCCAUGUACGAAUUCAACUGGCCCUUGGCCGGAAUGUUUAUCUGGAUCAAGAUCCGCUACGACACGCACCCUCUACUCGAGAUCUACGGCGCAGAAAAAGUGUGCAAAGCGCUAUGGUUCUUCCUGCUCAAGAAACCAUUCCUCAUUCUCUCCGCGCCCGGUACCAUGUUCGCGCCCACGGAGGCCAUGCGUGGUCGCGCAUUCCAGUAUAUUCGUCUCAGCUUUGCGCCCAUGGCUGAGGAAGCGGUCACGGAUAUUUCGCAGCAUUUUGUGGCGGGKUGUCGAGCUUUUUGGCAGUUGGAGAAUUUCGAUGAUAUUCCGGAUGAUGCUUUCGUGCCUGAGAUGAUGGGUAUGCAGAUGUGUUAA